CUUUUUCAUACGACAGCACUCCAUACAACACAUUCAUAAUCCACUCCGCUAGUCUCCCAGCAGCCGCUACAGCGCAGCGCAAAGACGGUUUAGUUCAUAUUCGAAAAGGUAGAAUAGCUUUUUCACGUAUUGUGCUUGGUCCGCAACUUACAAAAGUACCUACGCGAAAUGUGAUAGGGUGUGAAGUGAUCAAAGUGAAAAUUUCGUUCAGUUCCGCCUGCCAAGCUUCAUUCAAAUUAGCCCUUCGACUUUUCCUGCAAGAGCGGAAUGAAUCAUGGAUGACAGGAAGACCUUAUCCCGCAACAACAGCAUAUGCCCAACCCCAGAAGAACUCCUCCUGGAUGCGGUCAAGUCCAACAAGAUACAAAAGAUCAAGACAUUGGUCAAGGAAAAUGAAAGACUCUUAUCAGCUGAAUAUCCCUACCCCUACUUUGGCAAAAUCUUGUACGUCGCAUGUUCAGAACAAGGAAUAUCCCCAGAAACUGUCCAACUUCUACUGCAAUUGGGAGCAAAACCUUUCGAAGAAACUGAGGGUCAAGGUGAACUCAUCCAUGUAGUGUCCAGACUUUGCAAUUCCCAAGUCCUCAAGGUCCUAAUCAGGUAUUUGACUCGAGAGGAAAUAAACCACACCUUCAGAGGUAAUAACGCUCUGUUGGUGUUGGUCAAAGAAGGAGAUUACACCAAUAGGACUGACUUUCUUGAAUGUGCCAGAAUCUUGAUAAAAUCAGGAGUCAACGUUAAUCAUGCAGAUUUGAAAAAUCUAACUGCAGUUCUUUGGGCUAUCAAGAAAGAUUACAGAGACUUUAUCGAGGUACUUCUGAACAACAGUUUCGAUUUGGACAUCGACAAUUACACAAUGAAUGGAAAAAGUGCCAGGGAACUGAUAAUAUCCAAAUAUCCAAGCGAGCUUGUUCUCCCGGAUAACUUCACCACUAUUUCAAGCCCAAAAGACCUUCUUUUCAACUAUUUGAAGUCCUACAACGAAGACGCUUUCGUAAAUUACAACCAAGGUGAUCUCUCCCAGUACAAAGAUUCCGACGACUAUACCCAGACCCUUCUACAAUUGAGCUGCCAACUGGGACUAGUGAAAGCUACAAGACACCUCUUAGAAAACAAGGCAGACGUUCGAAAAAUCACGGACAAACAACCAUGCACCCCUUUGGAACUGGCAGGCGAAAAUGGAAAUUUCAAAAUCGUCGAACUUCUCUUAGAACACGAUAAAAAUUUGAGGGUUCCCAGUUCAACACUGUCCAUCUUGUUGAACAAGAUGAAUUUGAGCGAAUCCGCCGAUAACUACGAGAGAUGCUUCGAGGAAUUGCUGAAGAACCAGGACGAGACGUCUCUGAAUUCAGCCUCCGAUAAUAAUUUCCAACAGACGCCACUUCACUUCGCCGUAAAGUUCGCAAAGCCGAAACACGUGUUGGAACUUCUUCGUAAAGGGUCUUCUCUGGCCAACAGAAACGAAUUUGGCAUAAUGGCUAUAGAGAACAUCGAAGCAGAUGUUCUGGAGCAACAUCUGGAUGAUUGCGUGGACAUCAACGAUAUCGACAAGAAUAAUGUUUAUGUCACUUUGAAGUAUCGUACAUUGCUUCCAUCUCCAGUUCAACAAAGCUCCGGUCUUAACUAUUGCGAAGAGGGAAAACCUGUUUUCUCUCAAAACCUUGCACCAGAAACAGACGCCUUGCUGUAUAUGUGCAAAGCCCCAUAUUUGAAACACCUCUUAACUCACCCUGUAAUCGAUACAUUCCUGCUUUUGAAGUGGCAUAAGAUCAACAUGAUCUUCUAUACCAAUCUAGUUUUUUACGCUCUUUUUAUCUCUUCGCUUUUAACUUACAUAUUCACAUCGUAUGGAAAUUUCCACUAUAUCCCCGAAAACGAAUUUUCCUUAUCCGCCAUUGCCCAAGUCAGUCAUUUCAUACUUUGCUUAACCUAUGUUCUACUUGUUAUCAGGGAACUUUUUCAAAUCCUAGUUAAUCCGAUGGGUUAUUAUAAAGAUGUGGAUAACUGGUUGGAAAUGAUAUUGAUUUUCCUAGUUGGUUUCAUAAUUUUUGUUAGAGACCCUUCGAACGAUUCAAGAAAACAGUUAUCUUCCCUUGCAAUCUUAUUGUCUACCUUCGAGCUAGUUUUGAUGGUAGGACAGCAUCCCAGAUUAACCACCAACGUGGUUAUGUUUAAAAGAGUAUCGACCAAUUUCAUCAAGUUCCUCUCAUGGUAUUUUCUUCUGAUUGCUGCUUUCGCCAUGAGUUUCUACAUACUAUUCAGUGAAAGUGUGGCGGAAAACGCAGAAGGGGAAACGGAAAAUCCAUUAAACGAGGAAAAUAACGAAGAAGAGACCAAUUUCUUCAUAAAUCCUGGUGUGGCCCUUUUCAAGACUUUAGUGAUGUUGACUGGGGAAUUCGACGCAAGCGAUAUGAAUUUCCACCACUUUCCCAUCACCAGCAAAGUGAUUUUCAUCAUGUUCGUCUUGAUGAUCGCCCUGAUCCUCUUGAACCUGCUCAACGGUCUUGCGGUUAGUGACACGCAAACGAUAAAAAAUGACGCUGAGUGUGUUGGACUGAUGGCCAGGACAGAGCAUAUUCACUACAUGGAAAGCAUGGUUUUAGGUAACAUCAUUCCCUCUACAUUCCUCAACUUAUUGAAUAAAAUCUUUUGUUGUCUACCCUUCCAACAAAAUCUGAACAUCACCUUGAGCCAACCUCUCUCCAAACACAUCAGUUUGUACCCGAAGACUGAAAUCACCAUCCCAAUGUCCAACGAUUUUGAGAUGAUGAAAGUAGAUAAGAAAGGUAGCAGGAAAGAGAGCGCUUUGUCGGUGUUCAAUUCCCUCAAGUUGGAUAAAAAGAUACGCAGAAAGAUCAGGAAGGUUAUGCAGAAUCAAAGGAUGGUAAGCAACGAAAUCUACGUGAAAAACAAAAUAAAGCAGAUAGAAAACGAACAAGCGGCAAUCCUAGCGAUUCUUCAUGAGAUCAACAAAAAAUUGGACGCUGAAAGUUUGAAUUAUAACUCGUGAAUAUGUCUUAAUUAGUUUUUUAUUAUUCGAGAGCUACUUACUCUGUGAUUUUUAUCUGUGAAUAAAGAUUUAUUUGAAAAAAUUCA